AUGUUGGUCCCCCACUCCCAAAUUGGACAAGACAAAAUUUCUGAAUACAGAAGUGAUAAGAGACAUGCCACAGCAGAAUUCUCCACCAACUUUGCAAUUGGAGAUGCAUUUGAUUACGCCGUUGAGCAACUUGGGGUACGGGGUGCACUUUCCACUGUGACUAUAUCAGAUGGCAACCCAAAGAACAAUCUCCAAUUGCUUCCAGGUUUCUCCUUCAUUAAUGUGGGAGAUCUCAAUCAUCAAAGUGACGACAGGGCAGUACAGGAGACCAAUGACUCUUUGUUGAAGAGAGGAAACAUUGGGACGAAACAGCGCAACCUUCGGUCUAUGAGGUGGAUCCCCAAUCAAAACUGGCACAUGUAUGUGGAUGAAGAAACACUUCUGGCAGCUGGGGCCCAACCAAAACUGUCUCCACAACCAAACCAUUCCUCUACCAAUUUACUCAGCAACAAGCCUUCUCACCAGAUUGUUCACUAUGAUGCUCCCAAUUUGAGGGAGGCAAUGAAUGAUCCCAAUCAUGAGCUGUACCAGAAUCAAGAGAAUGCAUUGACCCUUCCUGGCUCCGUGAUCAUUCCCAUUCUUCAAGAUCAAUCUCGGCGUGUCUACAUUCGAGGACCAAACAAUCCACUUGAUAUCCAAUACAACAAAGCCCUUUUCUUUGAUGGUGCACUCUAUCACGGUGGCUGGACAUACAAGUGGGAUGAAGUUGUUGUAACUGAUGCAGGAGGGGGGACCAUGCGACGAAUGUGGAAACCAGCAUACCAUGCUCACAUUGAAUCAAUCUAUCUUCAGCGAGAAAAACAGUACCUUGGAUUGGCAGUCAGGGAGGCUCUUGUCAAACAAGAAGUUGUACCAGAGGGACAUCAUGUUUCAAAGCUCAAGGAACCUCAUAUCAUUACCGAUGAGCUCGAAUAUCAGUCUGCUGUGGCUGCCAGUAUUCUGUUGGCUGAUACCAAGAAGCUCAAAGCAGACUAUUCCAACAUGGGAAUUGCCAAACAAUUGAUGUAUGCGGCCAUCAAUCCAGAUGAAAGGCAUUUGCCGGAGAGAAUGAAACUAUCAAUCCAAAAAAUUCCAGAGCUUUCCCAAGGUGAGAACUCAUCUGUUCUGGGAAAUUCCAUCCAUCUGAUGAGGAAGUCUUUGGCAAUAAUGCAAGAAACGAGCAGGGGUAUCUGUCCCCCACAAGACAAGGUCAUUUUGAAUGAUCUUAUGAAAACAAUGGAAUCAUAUGCGAGUCAGUGUUCUGCAGCAGUAGAAAAGGAUUCAAGCAACCACCACGAAAAAGACCUAGAAACGGCAGCAGGAAAGAAGAGAGACGCAAAACAAACUGAUGACAGGAAUCAAAGAUCUCGCAGGCGAAACAACAUGUCUGACGAGGGUUGA